UCUCGUCCCCGAAAGUGGCCAAGCGCCGAACAGCUCCGCACGAGGCUCAGACCCCCGGGCGUCCAGCGUACCAUGAGCGCCGAUUGCAGCAGCUACGUGAACGCCGACAAGGUGCUGGUGGGCUCCUUCAGCUGCCCGCGGGAAGACGGCGAGGCCGGCGCGAUCUACUGCUGCGGCUUCCAGGAUGUCAAGUACUGUUGCGACGACCCUAACAGUUUUUUCCCUUACGAGCACAACUACAUGUGGUGGCUCAGUAUUGGAGCACUUAUUGGCUUGUCGGUCGCAGCAAUGGUCUUGCUGGCUUUUCUCAUCACUGUGUGUGUUCUCUGUUACUUGUUUAUCAGCAAGAAGCCACGCAACAAAUUGGAUACAGGCUUAACUUUAAGCUUAGAAGCAGCAGCGAAGAAGUACAUUUGUUCAAAGGCACCAGCAAAGUAUUCUGCAGAUGAAUGCAUUCUCUGACUUCAGACUGGACUGUGAGAAUUCAAUGCAAAAAGAGUACCAGUGUAUGUGUGCACGUGUGUAUGUGUUUGUGUACUCUUUUCUUGUUUUCUUGCCAUGGUAAUUGUUCAGGGCCGACCUGAAUAUAUGCCCAGAAAUAUAACAUGCUUGAAUUUAGAAUUUUAGGCCCUGAUCCUGUAAUCCUGAAAGGACCUAUAUUGUCUUACACAGGCAAAGCAAGAAUCUUAACCAUUUUUAAUAAUCCAGCAGUUGCUUUAAAAACAUGGUAAAAAGGAUACCAAACAAAAUCAUACUGUACAUGUAC